AUGGCACACACAUUCACCCUGUCGGAGCUGGCCAACCUGGCCAUCGGCACCCCCGAGGUGGGGGUGUGCAACUUUAACGCGCUGCACGCCUUGCUGCACGGCAUCCUGGAGCAGCUGCACAUCGGCGACGCGCACAAGACGGUGGGCGAGGUGGAGCACGGCUUCAUCAAACCGCAGAGCCCGGCCACGGUCCCCGCCUCCCCCGCCUCCCCCGCCGAGGAAGUGGGAGCCAGGUCCCCUGCCAGCCCGUCCUCGCUGGCGGUGGCCCGGUCCGGCGACAACACCAAGGCGGUCUCGCUGUUCCACCAGCUGGAGGAGAAGGUGGCCAAGCUGCAGACCGCCCUGGAGUCCCUCAGCCAGCUGCCCAGCGCCCCGGAGCUGCUUGCCCGCAGUCAGGUGGAGCCCGCUCCCAUCCGCAAGUUCUCGCUGUCCAGCAGCAGCACCGGGCCGGUCAAGGACAUGUGGCAGCUGAUGCAGGUCAAGAAGAAAGUGGAGGCCAACGAGGAAGGGGUCAACAAGGCUAUGACAACUUUACAAGAGUUAAUGAAUUCAAUUAAUCUAUUAAAUAACACGAAUGAAACACUGAGGAAGGAGCUUGACAAAGCAAACCAAAGCAAAGCACAAAGUUCGGAGGAAAUGUCCCGUAAAAUGAAUAACAUCAUGGACCAGUUGAGUAAUAUUCCAGAUGGAAAAAAUCUUGUUCAGUGGACUGUCCUGCAGACGAUGUUGAACAAAGAGCUUGAGUUUGAUACAAAACUUAAUUCGCUCAAUCUUCAGAAUGAAAUGGUUUCUCCAGAUGAAGGAGAGAGUGAGAAAUCAGCUGGAACCCAACGGAUAGGUGCAGCCUUAAGUGCUCUGCAUCAAUUGUCACACCUGGCUUCCAAACACCAAGUUCUAAAAGGCCGAGUGGAUAAUCUAGAAGAGGAACUCAAGCAUCAAGUUGAAGAAAUAGAUAAGAAAGGCCUUCCUGACGAUUUGUUGAUGAGGUUAGAUUUACUCGACAAUGGGUUACAAAUUCUCCAAAAUGAAACUGUUCAGGAUAGGGAACUGAUAGCAACCCUUAAACGGAAACUGGAAGAAAUGGAAGAAGACUUUGAGAGUCGCCUUGCAAUAUUGCAGGCCGACCACGAUGAACUCCAGGGAAUUCAAGAAAAGCUCGAACUUCUUGAGGAGAAGAAGGUCGACAAAGAAUUUUUGGAAAUGGAGAUCAAUGCGAAAGCUGACAAGAAAGCGCUAGAUUCGAAAGUGAGUCGAACGCUGCUGGAUGCAACGGCACAGCAAUUAAAUGCAAUGAUGCAGGAAUUGUUGAAUAAAGUGUGUGCCCAAGAAAAGGACUGGCAGAAGGUUUUGGAGAAACUUCUUUGUGACAUGGACUGCAAGCUGGAUCGAAUGGAACUGGACCCAUUGAAGAAGCAGUUGGAAGAUCGAUGGAAACAGCUGAAGAAACAGCUGAGAAAUGGCCCAGGCUUUGACGCGGACACUGCUGCUGGGUUCAGAAAGCAGUUACUUGAACGAUUCAAAUGCAUUUCCUGUGCCAAAUCUACAAGGGUGUCAACAGGCCCACAGCUGAUCACAAUCGCUGCCUCAGCCCUCCAUCCGAGAGCGCGGCCCACGACAGCACCCGAGUUAGAUUCUUCAAAACAGCAGAGAGGGCCUCCGUAUAAUGAAUAUUAUGAAAGCCAAGUUGCCCGGAAUGCCAACCGGCCCUGUGGAGGUGUUCAUACUGUCACCGGCCCAGUCGGCAGGAGGAACAACCGAAAUCUGAAUCUUCAAACAGUUUAUCAGUACGGUGACCCCAAUCCCAUGUACCGACGGGAAGAGGUGGAACUUCAGGGGAUAGACGGUGUCAUGUACAAAGGUCGGCUCGACCCCAAACUUCCAACAAUACACCAGAUGCAAGAUGAGGAGCCCUUAGAGAAGAAAAUAAGUGGAACAAAGCAACACACACCUCGAGCAGAGUCCUUCCCAGUUACUCCAAGAUGUGUUUACUGCAAUCAAAGCUGUAUGCCUCCUCGUCCUGCUGAUAUCUGUUCUGCACAGCAUAGGCCUAUGCCUCAAGAAGCUUCGAAUGUGUGCCAAUGUCUGGCUUCAAUAUGUCCUCAGCAGCCAGGGCAAGAUUCAGGAAGAAAUGCCCCGGCAGAUUCUGCAUGUCCGAAGCCUCCAGACCAGGAUGCUUCAAACCGAUGCCCAGGAAAAGGUUCGGUGAAAGUAUUUUGCCCUCAGAAUGCAGCUGAAGACGCCAAUCGCUCGACCACAACUAAUUGCAAUGCUAAGUCACUCGGUGGCCAAGGCAGCCCUGGGGGCCUGGGGGACUUUGGCCGUUGGUGUGCCCUGGCAGAACCCUGGCAGCCACUUCCACGAUGCCGCUGGAUAAGGGCCUGGAGACCCUUGGCUGGUGAUCCCGGGAAAAAGUUGGCAGCGAGACGUCAGCCAGAGGGGAGAGAAUUGAGAGAUUGGAGCAUCAUGGGGAAACCCAGCUAG